AUGGCAAGACUCCUCCAAGAGCGUCAAUUCCGACUGUGCUCGCCGAAAUACAGAGCCAAUGAUAUGUUGGCUGGUCACCCUCCAUCAGCUCAAUUUCUGUACUCAAUGGAUCCUCAAUGCCGAAACUACACAAGCUAUUGGGUGUACCCCGAUGACGCCGCAGACAUCAAAAUUCACCCUUUCUUCAGAGGUAUUCGAUGGAAUGAACUACAUAUGACUCGGCCACCAUAUAUCCCCAGAGUCAAAGACUGGGAAGAUACUCGUUAUUUCGACGACUGGAAAGGCAUCGACAAUCUCGAGCCGCAAGCAGAGGAAAGCGACUCGGAGGAAGAGUCUGAUGAGAACAUUGGCGCAAAGCCCCAGGCUGCCUCUACUGGGAAUAUGGUCGUGAAUUCUUCUGGCCAUCCACUUUUCGAACGGCCAGUGCGAGGAGGCGAUGCUAUUUUCCCUGUCCCAGCACCUGCGCAAGCUGUUGAUCCGAACUCGCCAACCCGAAAAACAGAGAAACAGAAAGAAAGAAAACGACCGCGAGACAAAAUUCUGCGUGAUAGAAAGGUCGGCAAGACAGCUUUGGAGAUCCGCAAGAGAGGUGCCUUCUUGGGAUAUACAUACCGACGACCGAAGGGUCCGGCCAUGGCCCUGAGAACCGAACGAGGGCGACAGCCAUUCGCCAGGGGAGCACUCGCAGAUCUCUAUGUUCCAUGA